CUGACCCCUCGACGCAGGAACAACAGAAGAUUCCUCUAUCUGAGGAUGACCCUCUUUCUUCAUUGCAUCUACUUGCUGACAUCCUUGAUGAUAAGCCUUUGGAGGUUCAGUAUGAUGCUAAUGUAUUUGGGCAUGGCUCUGAGGUCCCAAUAUACCUUAAUAGCCAAGAUGUCCGUGAGCUUGCGUCGGGAACACAAGAGUUGAAUAUUUCAAUUAUUCAACUAUGGACGAUGUAUAUGUCUGGGGUCACUAAUAAGUUGGGGCGUUCUGAUGAUUAUGGAUUCAUUGAUCCCCAAGACAUUCAUGAAUCAAAUGAUUUUGAUCAUAUCAACACGAGAAUGAUAAGCAGUUUUCGAAGGGGCAAGAAAAUAUACUUUUUGCCUUAUAUAUCCGGGCGCCAUUGGCAACUUCUUGUUAUGUCUGUGCAAGACAACUAUGCUUUGUGGUUCUGCUCAUUGCACAGGCCUCCUCCCACACAACUCAGACAAGCAAUUGAUUGUUCUAUUCCAGCAAGUAUGAUGAUGGACGGGAGAUCAAUUGUUAAGAGUAGAAAGAUUGCUUGGAUUUCUCUCAAGUGUAACAGACAAAAUGGGUCAUAUGAGUGUGGAUACUAUGUAAUGUAUUGGAUGACCCAUAUUGUUCGUUCUCACAUCACAAGAAGCUGGGAAACGAGAUUCAAGACUACUACACCAGUUCCUGAGAAGUCACUACUAUUCAUUAGGAACGCUGCUGCGAAGUAUAUAGUUAGAUUAUACAAUAGCUCUUAGAUUUAGAUUUAAACAAUGCAUUUGAUUAGAUAGAAUUUUCUUAGACUCUCUACUUUAUUUGAUGUUGAAAUACAUUUGAACAUGUGUUUGUUAUGUUGAAAUUGAAUUUCUGUAAAUGUUUUUAUAUGCAGGUCUGUUUUUGUGGUAGUGGAUAUCACAAAAACA